CAGAGAAGCUGGAUCAGGCGUGCAACGAACGGAAGACGCGGGGAACUGGGUCAAACAAGCAUUAAACGAAGAUGGCUAAACGAGGCAUCGCAUGUGUUGCGCGGCUGUGUGGUGUUCUAAGACCGGGAAUUCCAGUUCUGCGACGUUUUUCAGGCUUGUUAACAGCACCUGUCAUGGUGCUAAGCCCAACGUGUUUGGGAGUCGCUCUCUUGUUGGUAAGAAGCCUGGCACAGCCCCAGUUCCACAAGCGAGAAAAGUGCCGUCAAUUGACUCGAUAUGCUUACUCCUGCUUGGUUAGUACACCUGCAACUGGACUACCGGUCCAUAUCAAGAAUGUAUUCAAGGGCAGAAAGUUCAACGAUAUGGUCUUGCGCUGCUAUUAUGAAAAUACUGAAUGGGCCAACUCUCAGCAUAUGUGCGAAGGCGUUAUGUCGUUGCAGAUGAUAAUGACUUGCAUGAAAAGUACAAUGUUCGAGACUCCAAUACCGUCAUCAUACCAAAAAGUCUACGUGAUUGACUUCGCCGAUAAAGUCACUGAAUGUCUCGCCACGUUGCUGCACCACCCAAUGCCUUAUGGCAGAAGCGCCGCUGAAGUGAUUGGUGAAUAAAAAUCUUAACUCGCCUUAUCCGCUGACGUCUUCUAGGCGGCUGUCCCCUUGGAGAGGUUCUCCUUUUUGGAUUAAAAGCAUGCUACCUACUACACAGGUAUAUGAAUGUUCUGGUGAGUUGCCUCGAACCCAAUAAAGACGUAUUCGCAUUUUGCUUA